AUGAGGUCUUCUACAAUGUAUAACUUAUUCAUCUUUGCCAUCUUAACUUACCCAAUUGCUUCAACAGCCUUUUCAUGUGCUUUUACUCCAAAAUGGAAUAUUUCCGUUAUUAGUGCUGUCCCUGAUGAUCUCGUUUUUCAUAUCAAAUCAGGAGAUGAUGAUCUUGGGAAUCAUACCAUUCCAUUCGUUGGAAUUUACAGUUGGGGUUUUUGUGAAAAGGUUGGCGGUGGCACUCUUUUUUACGCUUACUUCUGGUGGGGUUCAAAAUUUCAGAGCAUAGAUUUGUUUGACGGAGCUAUUAAAAAAAUCUGCUUUUUAGGUGGGAGUACUCAACAUUGUUAUUGGUUCGUAACACCUGAUGGAUUUUAUGUAAAUCCAUACCCAAGUGGAGGUGGGACGUUCAUUAAAGGUUGGGGUUAA